CCAGAGCCCGCGUUCCUUUUGGAAGGAAGCUUAGGGCUCUGGCAUAAUCCAUUUUAUUCUUUCAUUUGAUUGGUCGUUGCAAUGUUUGAACUGCGCAUACUCAAGAUUCCAGAUUUGAAAAGUGACCAAUCAGAUUAAAGUUGAAAUUUUCGUUCUUCGCGCGCUUUCAAAAUAAAAACAAACCUGGAAUUAUAACAACUACUGUCAAAAAGGGAUGAAUACCCCGCGAAAAAUUGUAAGGAAAGGGUCAGCUUCUUUUCAGAGCAAAUGCCGUGUUUGCAACAAUGACAUUAGUCAAGACAAACACCGUGUCGACUUGUUUGGUGCAAAAUCUCGCAGAGAAGGCAUACUUAAAUGUCUGCAAAGAUUUUCACCAAGUGAAAUGUUACAUGAAGACGAUGGGCUUGCAAGGUACGUUUGCAGAUCAUGUGAACUGAAAGUUUUGGCAAUACUCAAGAAAGAGCAUGAGCUUAAAAGCUUAUUCAUGGCAACUGAAAGUGCGAAUCGAUCAGCUUGCGAUAGGGAACGAUUUAAAAGAGGUCGAGGAAGCGGGGAAAAUAAUAUGAACAUUGUAAACAGUGAUCAGUCACUUGUUGUUGGCCUUCCUCUAAAAAAAUCAAAGAAUACAGCCAGGCCACAGAGUGCUGCAAAAAUUACACUUGCACCUAAGUUUAAUUAUAAGCCACCGUCCUGUAGAAUUGAUCUGAUGUCGAGAUUUUCCAGUCUAAAGCCUGCCUCACCGGCUUGUUCGCCGUCCAAGUCCAAGAUCACAUCCAGGCUUGCACCGAAUUUUAAUAUACCACUACAAACGCCGUCCUCUCCUUCCAAUCGGACUCUAACCAAGACGAAAAGGGUACUCCCAAACUUAUUUCAAAAGAAAGAUCGGUCUACUGAUAUGGAAAAAGGAGUAGAAAUUCUAAAUGAAAUGGUGCUGCAUAAGAAUGAGACAGUGGCCCUAUUAACUCCUUCCAAACAACAAGAGUUAUGUGCAGCUGUCAUGAAGACAACGCCAAAAGAAAUAGCCAGUGCGAUCAUGGGCAUACCAGUUAUCGAGCGAUGUGUGAAAGCAAUUAUACUGGAGAAAAUCGAUAAGGAUUGCAAAAGCCUCUGCUCAAAAAAAUUUGCAUCAAUUCUUCGUACACCAAGAUCAGAGCAUUCUCAGCUGGCGAAAAUAUUUUGUUGGUCAGGUAUUUUGAAUGAGAUGAAGGAAAGAGCUCCUGAUAUUUUAAAUGUAUUAACUACAAUUGCUGCUCCCAAUCUAAUGCUUGAUGGCCGACAAGUACCACCAAUUUGUAUGGCUUAUGCACUUCUGAUGAAUACCAGAAACAGAGAGUUGUCAAUGGUUCAAAAAAUGAAUACUGUAGUCAUUGGAGCUGGUCAUGCAACAGAGAAGACUUUCAGGCGAUUGGGUAAACUUGGUGUCACACAAUCAAGGGACAAUCUUCGCAACCUUAUGGAUGAUGUUGGAAGUGAUUGUGAGUCAACCAUUCGUGAUCUGAUUUUGUUGAAGAAAAAGAAUCUGAGGAUUGUUUUUGAUAAUAUAGACUUUAAAAUCCUGGCUAAUAUCAUCCUGAAAAAUCACCAGAACUCAGAUAUUCAUUGGAUGGCACAGUAUUGCACAUUUGACAGAUUUGCAUCUGAAAAUCUAGAUGACACAACACCACUGGUUAGCAAUAUUGAAAGUUUUGAAAACAAAGAAUAUCUGUUAUCUCAAGAAGAACUAAAUAAACUAAAGUGUGACUUCACAGUACUGGUAUCCAGAGUAUUAGUGGAAUUCUUUCCUUGCUUGUAUUAUUUGCAAAAGAAUGUCUGCAUCCAUAUACCUCACAGGUACUCUAAUGAAAUGGCCGUAAAAUCUACAGUCAUUAGCUUGCCAAUUCUUCCAUUUAAUCAAUCAAAGCAUUCUGAUGUAUGCAAGUAUUUGGAUCAUAUGCAAGAAUUUCUGCUUAAUGUUCACUCUCCAAAAUAUCAGUCAUCCAGUACUGACAAGAAGUGCAGUACAGAAGAAAAGGAAAAGAUUCUCAAGGGGGUAAAUGUACCAUUGUGUGGCGACUUAUUGGGUAGAGAAAGAGUGACAGGAGCUAAGAAAACUAGACUUGGAUGUGAUCAACAAUUUGACAAGUUUCAAAACAUUACUGAAUUUCCAGCACUUUGGCACACAAAGCAAUCUUUUCUAGGGUACAUUUGGGAACAACUAUACAAACCCAGUCCUGUGAGUGGGAGAGAGAUAGGAACUCUAGCUGUACCAUCUCCGCCAGUUGUUUCAUAUGACCAAUGUUUUGCGGGUUUGAAUAGUUUGGAAGAUAGUACUCCAUCCAAGAUUGAGCUGCCAGCAGAGAAUGCUAGUAAUAUUUUGAAGGAAACAUUUUUGAAGAAUACCGUUGGCCAAUUUGUUGAUGAAUAUGUUAUGGUUGAGCUUCCUGCUGAAAAAUCAUGGCAAACACAACAGAAAAAACGACUUCAAGCCAAGGAAAAGCUCCCAAGAACUUGUACAGUCCCAUCUUCGUUACCAGAGCUUUUAUCAGGUCAAGUUGUAAUAUUGGUCCUCCAAAACACUACAUCUGGGUACAAAGUUAUUGGAGUUGGUAAAGUUGUUAAUGUUGUAAACCAAGACACUAUGAAUGUUUCAGUGCUUGUAAUUUCUAUUGAACCAGAUGCUCAAAAUGUAGGACUAAGAAUCAAUGAAAUUAUCCUGUGGCCACGAAAGCUAAUUGCCAUUCCCAACAUGCCCUAUAAGGAAACCACAUCAAAUACAGAAGAUAAAACAUGUCAGUCAUCAACUGAUUGUGCACCUGAUGAAGACAGACUUUUUAAUUAUGCUUCCCAGUGCAUCCAACUGGGCAUAAUGCUAAUGCAAUUAAAUGAUACGAAAAAGAAGGGGAUGGUGAGCGAAGUAUCAUUAACUGGAAACUAUUGA